UGUUUCAGGCGGGGCACUGAUGAGGGUCUCUCUUCUUUACUCGUUUUUCUUUCGAUUUUGAUUUGAUGCUUUAGGUGUUGAAAUGGCGUCAGGUUCAGCGUGCGAUCUGAGGAUCGUUCUGAUAGGAAAGAACGGAUCAGAAAACAGCCGAGUGGGAAACAUUACAGCGGGAACGGAAGCAUUUAACAGAGAAGCUUCAAUCUCUUUAAAGCAGCACGGUAUGAAAAUCAGCGGAGAAGUGGAGGGCAGACGCAUCACAGUCAUCAACACUCACCUGCUCCAGACCGAUCUCCCACAACAUCUGAUCACACAGCGAGUGAGAGAGUGCGUGUCUCUGUCUGCUCCGGGACCUCAUGUGUUUGUUCUCGUACUGCAGUAUAAGGACUUCACUGAGAAAGACAGACACAGAGUGAGAACCGUGCUGAACCUCUUCAGUAAACAGGCCGUGAAACACACUAUAGCGCUGACCACCGAUGAAGAGCCACACACAUCCAAACUGGCCUCUGUGAUAUGGAAUAAUGCUGUUUCCGAUUUAAUAAAGGAGUGCGGAGGAGGACGUCUACAGUUUGAUACAAUAAACCCAGGAUGGCGAUCCGAGUUGUUCAGAAAAAUAGAAAAGAUAUUCGAGAGGGAACACAGAGAAUUUCUCAUCUGUGACAUGAAUGAGGCUGGAGGUGAUGGAUCAUCGGUGGAUGAAGAUCAGAGCGUGUCUGGAGUUUCAGACGGAGUAGACAGCAAAGAGAAGGAUCCUGAUCUCAACGAGAGCACAAAAACAGCAAGUGAUGGAGGAGGUUUGUUUGUUUGUUUUUCAGAAUAA